AUGGAGGCCACGACUUUGCCUUCGCUCCUUACGGGGCCUACUGGAGGAAGGCGCAAGCUGUGCACGAUGGAGCUCCUCAGCACGCGCAAGGUGAAGCAGCUCGCGCCCAUCAGGGACAGCGAGACCAUGUCCCUCGUCAGGGAGAUCCGCCGUUCAUGCGGCUCCGGCGAGCCAUUCAACCUCGGCAGCCUGCUGGUGUCGUGUUCUAACUCCAUCACUGGCCUGGCGACCUUCGGCGAUCGCUUCAGCAGCGAGCACAAGGAGAAAUUCCUGUCAGUGAUGGCCGUCGUACUGAGCGACUGCUCGGGUUUCUGCAUCUCCGACCUCUUCCCGUCCAUGUGGUUCUUGGACGUCGCCACAGGGAUGCGACGCCGGCUGCAGAUGGCGCAUGAGCAGCUCGACCAGGUGUUGGGCCAGAUCAUUGAGGCAUGCGAGGCGAGGCGGAAGGUAAAGAAUGCUGAGAACGGAGAUGACAUUCUGAGCAUCAUGCUUAGAAUCAAAGAUGAAGAGGAGUUCGAGUUCCCGUUCAACAUUACACACAUCAAAGCAGUCAUUAUUGAUUUAUUCAUAGGAGGCACCGAGACAACUUCAUCUACGGCCGAGUGGGUCAUGUCUGAACUCAUGAGGAACCCGGAAGCAAUGGCAAAGGCGCAAGCAGAGGUGCGGGAAGCACUCAACAACAAGAAUCCAGGCGACCAGGAGUCGCUCCUGGGCCCCCUGAACUACACCGGCAUGGUGAUCAAGGAGACACUGAGGCUGCACCCAACCAUACCGCUGCUGCUCCCCCGCCUCUGCCGCGAAACCUGCAACGUCGCUGGGUUCGAGGUGUCCAAAGGUACCAGAGUGAUAAUCAACGCGUGGGCUAUGGCCAGAAGCCCCAAGCAUUGGGAUGACCCUGAGGAGUUCAAGCCUGAGAGGUUCCUAGCAACUGCAGCGGAUUACAAGGGAACGCAGCUUGAGUACUUGCCAUUCGGUUGUGGGAGGAGGAUGUGUCCUGGCAUGGGCUUCGGACUGGCGACCCUAGAGCUUAUUGUGGUGCGGCUCCUGUACUACUUUGAUUGGAGCCUUCCGGCUGGAAUCCGGUCUGAGGAGCUUGACAUGGACACCACAGUUGGAGCAACAGCAAGGAGAACAAACCAGCUGCGGCUUGUGGCAACGCCUUACGAGCAUGCUAUGGAAAUUUGA